AAGGAAGGAGUGGCUUCCGUGAUGAUUACAGCCAAGAAAACACUGGGUUUUCAAACAGACCAAAGUCAUUGAAGAUACUCCUGAACCCCCAAAGCCACAAAAAGGAAGCUACCCAGAUCUAUUAUGAGAAGGUUGAACCCCUGAUGAAGCUUGCAGGAAUAAAAACGGACGUCACAAUAACGGAAUAUGAAGGGCAUGCUCUAUCACUGCUUAAAGAAUGCGAGCUCCAAGGAUUUGACGGGGUCGUCUGUGUUGGGGGAGAUGGGUCUGCCAGUGAAGUAGCCCAUGCUUUGCUACUUAGAGCCCAGAAGAAUGCUGGGAUGGAAACAGACUGUCUCUUGACCCCCGUCAGAGCACAGCUUCCUCUCGGGGUAAUACCAGCAGGUUCUACUAAUGUUCUGGCCCACUCUCUCCAUGGAGUCCCUCAUGUGGUAACUGCAGCUUUGCACAUUAUCCUGGGGCACAUACAGCCCGUUGAUGUCUGUACCUUCAGCACCACUGGCAGGCUUCUUCGAUUUGGAUUCUCCGCCAUGUUUGGCUUUGGUGGGAGAACUUUGGCUCUGGCGGAAAAACAUCGAUGGAUGUCUCCUAACCAACGGAGAGAUUUUGCUGUCAUCAAGGCUCUGGCAAAAUUAAAGCCAGAGGACUGUGAAAUAGCAUUUUUACCACUUAAAACCUCUCAGGAUUUACAAGACAGGAAGGCCCAGGGAUCUUCUAAAUCUGGUGAUGGUGAGGAGUGGCAAGUGACCCGGGGUCAGAUCCUGAAUGUCAGCAUCAUGGCAAUCCCUUGCCUGUGUUCAGUGGCACCAAGAGGCUUGGCACCCAACACCAGAUUAAAUAACGGAAGUAUGGCCCUGAUCAUUGUACGAAACACUUCUCGACCAGCAUUUGUCAAACAUCUAAAAAGAUAUGCCAGUGUACAGAAUCAGUUCAAUUUUCCAUUUGUUGAGACUUACACUGUUGAAGAAGUUAAAGUUCAACAAAAGAAUAAUUUGAAUGGACACAAUUCAGACGAGAGACAUGAGCCUCAUGAAAUUGGUCUGGAAAACAGUUUCCCGUGGAAUGUAGAUGGUGAUUUAAUGGAAGUAGCAUCUGAGGUCCAUGUAAAAUUGCACCCAAGACUUAUUAGUCUUUAUGGUGGAGAUGUGGAAGACAUGAAUGAUGGCAAAGCAACAUGCAAUUGUUUGUGAAAGAAUGUAAAAACUAGAGUUUUAAUAUGAAGGAAUAUAGUCACGCUUUAAACAGAUAUCUUAAUAGAAGUGUAUUUUAAGGUAUUAUAAUAGCUAUUUUUGAUGCUACUAAAAAUCAAAUCUAGAGCUUUAAGAAAUCUAGAUAAAAAUAAAUAUAUCAAAACAAAAUUUGGUUUUGGAGAACACGGUAUUGAUGUUAAAAGUAAGUAAGUCAUGUAGUUACAAUGUAACAAGCAUCAAUAUUUAACCUAGGUAAUUCUAAAGUGAAGCAAUAUAAAUUCUUGCAUUUACCCAGA